GGCCUCAAAUCUCUACCACCAAUCUAUGAUCCAGUACCAACCAAAAAAAGAUCUCAAUUUUUUCUCAUACUAACACCAUUCACAACCCCAUAAAACAUCACACAUUGCUUCUCUUUAUCUUCUUCUUGUUCUUCUUCUUCAUAACCCUUUAACACAGAGCCAUGGCUGCAGCUGUAACUGCUGCUGUUUCAUUCCCAUCCUCCAAGUCCUCCACUCUCCCAACCAGAACCUCUCUUAUCUGCCCUGAAAGAAUCACCCUUAAGAAGGUUUAUAGAGAAGCUUCUGCUGGUGGGAGAGUGGUUUCUGUCAGAGCCCAAGUCACCACCACUGAGACUGCACCACCUGCCAAGGCUGUAAAGCAUUCCAAGAAGCAAGAGGAAGGUGUGGUUGUGAACAAAUACAAACCCAAGAACCCUUACACUGGAAGAGUCCUACUCAACACAAAGAUCACUGCUGAUGACGCACCUGGUGAGACCUGGCACAUGGUCUUCAGCACUGAUGGAGAAAUUCCCUACAGAGAGGGCCAGUCUAUUGGAGUAAUUCCAGAUGGUAUUGACCCUAAGAAUGGGAAGCCUCACAAGCUCAGGCUCUACUCAAUUGCCAGCAGUGCCCUUGGUGACUUUGGUGACUCCAAAACUGUUUCUCUGUGUGUGAAAAGGCUCGUGUACACCAAUGAGGCAGGUGAAACUGUUAAAGGGGUGUGCUCAAACUUUUUGUGUGACUUGAAGCCAGGGAGUGAAGUGACCAUGACAGGACCAGUUGGUAAAGAAAUGCUUAUGCCAAAAGAUCCUAAUGCAACCAUCAUCAUGCUUGGAACUGGUACUGGAAUUGCUCCAUUCAGAUCAUUCUUGUGGAAAAUGUUCUUUGAGAAGCAUGAAGACUACAGGUUUGAAGGUUUGGCUUGGCUGUUUUUGGGUGUUCCCACAAGUAGCUCACUGCUAUACAAAGAGGAAUUUGAGAAGAUGAAAGAGAAGGCCCCCCAGAACUUCAGGCUCGACUUUGCUGUCAGCAGAGAGCAAACCAACGAGAAGGGCGAGAAGAUGUACAUUCAAACCAGAAUGGCUCAGUAUGCAGAAGAGCUAUGGCAAUUACUUAAAAAGGACAACACCUACGUCUACAUGUGCGGUCUCAAGGGAAUGGAGAAGGGUAUUGAUGAGAUCAUGUUGUCAUUGGCUGCCAGAGACGGCAUUGACUGGCUAGACUACAAGAAGCAGUUGAAGAAAGCAGAGCAAUGGAAUGUGGAAGUCUACUAAUUUCUGGUCACUUUGUACAAAUAUCUCUCUCCCUUUUACUAUAAACACGCCAUUCUUGAAUGAUUUCCACUGCAGUAUGUAGAUAGGUAAAGUA